ACCGGUACCCCCUGUAUAUAGCCUCGUUAUUGUUAUAUUAUUGUGUUACUUUUUAUAAUUUUUUACUAUUAGUUUAUCUGGUAAAUAUUUUCUUAACUCUUUCUUGAACUGCACUGUUGGUUAAGGGCCUGUAAAGUAACCAUUUCAUGGUAAGGUCUACACAUGUAUUCGGCGCAUGUGACAAAUAAAGUUUGAUUUGAUCUGAUUUGAGGUCACUGUAUUGGGUUGUUUAUGUGUUUGUUUGUGCAAUAAAGGAUUCGUGAAAAUGUAUUAAAAUCAAUGUGUAUAAUCAACUCAUGCAUCUUGUUGAGAUUAAUUUACAAAGUUAUGCAACAAUAUUCUGUUAUAUCUAUAAUUGAAGGAGUUUAAAAUAAAUAAAAGCUAUUAGCCUAAUGUCACAGGCUAUCAUUGAUAUGGAAGGGUUUUGCUGUGGAACCCCUUUAAACACUGAAAACUAAACAUGGGUAGUUAAUAUAACCUUGCCUUUUCCUCAAAGCCUAUGCUUGUAUUCUUUGUAAAUCCUUGCUGUUCUGUGUUUUUGGUUUAUGGGUAUAGAUUAAUAUUGCCUACCGAAUUCGAUCACCUCAGUGUAUUAACGUUUAUUUAAACUUGAAAAACACAGGAAUUACUCGGCUGGGGAGGAGCUUUUUUUGGUCGCACACCUUUCACCUUUACCUUUGAGAGGGUGUGUUUUUAAAGGAGUGUGUGUAGGUGAGGCACGCAUUGCCACUGCGCUCCCGCGUUCAUGAAGAGCAUCGAAAUGGAUAAGACAGGUGAACGGGGAGACUUUGAAUGGGUCUACAGUGAUCAGCCUCAUACUUCACGAAGAAAAGAAAUAUUAGCAAAAUACCCAGAGAUCAAGUCCCUGAUGGGGCCUGACCCCCAGUUGAAGUGGGUGGUGACAGGGAUGGUCCUCACCCAGCUUCUGGCCUGCUACAUGGUCCACGACCUCCCCUGGAAGUGGGUGUUGUUCUGGUCAUACGGCUUCGGCGGCUGCAUCAACCACUCGCUGACCCUCGCCAUUCACGAUAUCUCCCACAACGUUGCGUUCGGCAACAAGCUGGCGCGCCUCAACCGCUGGUUCGCCAUAUGGGCCAACCUCCCCAUCGGACUGCCCUACUCGGCCUCGUUCAAGAAGUACCACAUCGACCACCACCGCUACCUGGGUGGCGACGGCCUAGAUGUGGACAUCCCCACAGGCGCGGAGGGCUGGUUCUUCUGCACACCCCUGCGGAAGGUCCUGUGGCUCUUCCUCCAGCCGUUGUUCUACGCACUGCGCCCUCUAGUGGUGAACCCCAAGCCAGUCUCUAGACUAGAGAUGAUGAAUGCCGCUGUUCAAUUUGCAGUGAACUUUGUGAUAUUCUACCUAUGGGGGCUGAAGCCAAUUGUUUACCUCAUAGCCGGGUCCAUUUUAUGCAUGGGCCUACAUCCCAUCUCUGGACACUUUAUAGCGGAGCACUACAUGUUCCUGAAGGGCCACGAGACAUACUCCUACUAUGGCCCACUGAACUGGAUCACCUUCAAUGUGGGUUACCACAUGGAGCACCAUGACUUCCCCAGUAUACCUGGCAGUAAGCUGCCUCAGGUGAAGAAGAUGGCAGCAGAGUACUACGACUCCCUACCACAGCACACUUCCUGGACCCGGGUGUUGUGGGACUUUGUCUUUGAUGACAGCAUCGGUCCCUACACCAGGAUCAAGCGGGAAUAUAAGCUGGUCAAGCAGGAGUAGGUGCCACAUCAAAACACUUUCCCCAAUAUUCACUGCUACUGAUUGUCAUAGUGAAACAUUGGUUUCAGACAGUGGCACUCCAGGCUCCUUUUCACCUCGUUUUAUCAUGUGAUUUACUUGACAAUAGCACACGUGGGCAGGGAAAAGACAAUGUCAAUAAUUAGGUUUACCAUACUGUGAGUGUGCAGAACAGUGCAGAGAAUGAAACAUUAAAACUUACCUUGCAGGCUGUAUUUCAGUGAGGCUCUGUUUGAUGCUCACCACACAAAAGUUGUUUUUAAUCAAGAAAAUAAAUAGAUAAUAUUGUUAACAAUGUUUCUAACAGAAAUGUAAUUUAAUAAAAAGUUAUGUUAUUA